GCCAUGUCGAAGGAUCGCUGGCUUGUCAAGGACAAGCUGACGUCCAGCGGGGGGAAGCAUAUCGAGGGCUCCUCGGCACAUCACGGUGCUCGGCGCCAACCGCAAUGUGCCGACCGUCUCGGCCUGCAGAGUCACGCAGUGUAUUUGCGCUAGCUUUCCACUUCGACCUAUCGGUGCUGCCGAGAGCAUGUGGAAAGCCGAUGACACUGUGUCAUCAGCGAUGGCGUUGCGAAGCAGCUCGUGACCGAUCAAAGCCUAAACGGCAACGGGAGGCCUGACUCGCGGCGGCACUCGC